GUUACAGAUCGAUUUUUCCUAUAGACCAUGUUUAUCAAUAGAACAUAUUCAUUUUCUUUAUCCAAAAUUAACCUUUGUAUUCGGCAGUCGUAUUUAAUAACAUUUAGCUACAAUAUUUUCUGACUGAAAAAAAACUUGUUGCAACUGUCAGACGUCAGUACAAUUUCAAUAAUUCUGUUUCUGCAUGCCACCUAUCGGUGUAAAGUAGCAAUUCAUUUGAUCAUCAUUUUAAACGCGGGCUUUGAGUUUUCUGCUUCAUAUGCUCACUGGUCAAAUGUGGUUUUACCGAAAAAUAAUCAAUCUCCUAGUAAAAUUUUAUUGAACUGUAAAUUGUUUAUUUAAAGAUGGCUGACAAUACAACGCUUUGGGUGAAAACCCAUAAAGUUAUCAAUAGAUUCUACAAAGAUUUAACCUGUGGUGAAUGCAAUCAAAGAUUAUUGAAUCCUCAACAAUUUUUGAACUGCGGUCAUUUUGUUUGUUCAAAGUGUAGAAAAUGCAAAACCGACUGUCCAGAAUGUGGAAUACCUGGCAAGUUGGCAGACGUUCAUAGUGAUUCUGUUGUCAAUGAUGUUAUCAUUAAUUUGGAAAAAAUUGCUCAAGCUGUUGGUUUAGUCUCUCUUAAACAGACUCUAACUUCUAAGGCUUCAACAUCUUUAUCCAGACAAAAAAGUUCUAGCAGUAUAAAUGAGUUAAUGAAAAAACCGACAAUAGCUCCUCCAGUGAGGUCAAGUAGAUCUAAAAUAACAAUCGAUGACCCUAACAAUACUACUUACUGUGAGUCAAUUGCUAGUACAAGUACUCGCAGGGGAAAGUCUAACGACGUUAUUCCAAAGAACAUAGAUAAAAAAAAUCAAAAAGGAGAAACACAAUUGCAUAUAGCGUGUCGCAAAGAUAAUGUUGAUAGAGUAAGGUUGCUAUUAGAUGCAGGAGCGAAUCCAAACACCAAAGAUAAUGCCGGAUGGACUCCACUGCAAGAGGCAGCAAGCUAUGGUUAUUAUGAAGUUUGUGAGUUGCUUAUAACAAAAGGAACUAACUUAGAUAUGCAUGGAUUCGAAAGUAGGACUGCAUUGCAUGAUGCAAUCUUGAAUAAAGAAGCUGAUGUAGCAGCUCUAUUAAUUCAAGCUGGCGCUAACAAAGAUGUAUUUGACAAUGUUGGAAAAAAACCAAUAGAUUAUUGUAGCUCUCCAGAAAUAUUAAAAAUAUUUGAUGUGUCUCAGGAUACUUCUGAUGAUAAAUCAGAAAUAGUUUCAGAUUUAAAAACAAUAGAUCUCAAUAGAACAACAAACAUUUCAUCUGAACCAAAAAUUGUUUUGUUUGGUUCCAAUCUCAAACCAAAAAAUAAAAAACUUCUUAUGAAAUUAGGAACAGAAAAAAAAAUUAGAGUAGUAAAUAAUUUAAGUCCUAUUGUAAGCCAUGUCAUCGUAGAUACAGAUUCAACUCUUCAAUUACAAUUAACAUUUGAUAUACUAUUGACAAUAUUGUAUGGGAAAUGGAUAUUAACUAGUGACAUUUUAUCGAUACUCAUGGAAAACGAAAAUAUUACUGCAAAUGCGUUAAGUUUGUUUGAAGUCAAUCCUCCUCAACUAGAUAAUGGACCUUCUUGUGCUAGAGAAAAUAAUGAAAAACAAAACCCAAAGCUUUUCAACAAUUGUAGCUUUUACUUCGCAAUCAAAAGCCACGAUUGGAUACAUUAUGAGGGAAUGAAAAUUUCGAAAGAUCAAUUGAUGAAACUCGUCGCAGCUGGAGACGGUGUCACUUUGACGAGGGAACCGAAACCCGAAGAUAUUCAAGGUUCGCUGAGUCCUUUUCAUGUGGCUCAUGACACAAAUCAUUCCUUACAUAAGUGCACUCAUUAUAUUAUUUAUGAUUAUGCAGAAGGUCAACCGAGUCGAAUUAUGUACAAUUUACCAUUUUUAAAAACGUUACCACUCAUGUGGUUGAUUGAAUCGAUAUUGAGAUUCAAAUUACUUGAUCCCAUUGAUAUGGGACUUUUGAUUGAAGAUACUCCAUGAAUAAUUCGACUCACUUCUUUAAAAAUAUCAAUUAAACGUUCAAGUCUUUAAUGA